AUGAACUAUUCUAAUAAUUAGAGCCAAAGAGUGUAAAAUUAAACACUANAAUAAAAAUAAAAUUUGUAAAAAUAACCAUAUUAGAAAUCAUCUCAAAUUGAUAACAAAUAAUUUGAAUCCAAGUAAUAAAUUAAAUCAAAAGCUGAUUAACUAUAAAAGAUUGAAAAGAAUGCCAAAGAUUUUGAUCUUAUGUUUAAAGAAUUGGAAAGUUUGGUAUAAAUUAUUAAUAAAUAAAGAUUAAUAAUGUUCAUAAUGCAAUAGAAAAAUUUCCAAAUUAAGGAGGCAAAGAAAAUUAUUUUGAUUAAAAUUUAAUUUAAACAAUCUUAAUUGAAGAUAGAGAAGAUGAUGAAGCUGAACCAAUAGAUUAAGACUAUAAGAAAAAAAAAUAUAUGGUUAAAUAAAUAUCAAAGUAAGAGGAGUAAUGUUUAGAUAUUUUAAAUAAAUAAGAUUAGAACUUUUUUAGUCUAGGGAUUAAACUUGAAAAUGCUCUUGGAUAAGAAAAAAUGAAUAAAGCAAAAAAUAUUAUAAAAUAGACUGUAAUCUUACUAUUUAUAAAUAUAGUUAGAAAAAAUGAAUUUAGAAAAAAUGGAAUUAUAAUACGGACCUAAUUAUGAACAAUUACUACCUUUUUUAACAUUAGAAGAAAGAAAAAAAUAUACACAACUUUUAUUUACUUAUAUUUUAUGUGAAUGA